AUGGCAAGCCCGCAGGCACCACCGCCUUCCACAUCCCCCAUAACGUUGCGGACACCCUCCAAAUAUGCCUCGGCAACCCCUCCCGACGCCGACGCCGCCGCCCCAGAGCCGACGCUCGACUUCCUCCACCGGACAUGGUCCGUGACGCACUCGACCCUGGCCAUGUGGCGCGAGGCCCGCAACGUCCGCAUCACAUACCGGCCGCUCCCGCCGACGUCGGACGGCAAGACGCGCAUUGACGACAUGGUCGAGUACGAGGCCCGCGGCGGCCAGGGGGGUGUCAAGUCGGUCGCCGGCGUCGAUACGGCGUCCUCCCCUUCGUCCUUCACGGCGUGGGACUGGCGCGGCAAGGGCUGGCUGUUCUUCGUCACCAGCCAUUGGGAGGUUCUGGGAUGGGGCGAGCGGCCCGUGGCGGGCGGCGAAGGCCACGCGACGGAGCGCUGGGCCGUGACGUGGUUCGCGCCCACGCUCUUCACCAAGGAGGGCGUCGACAUCUACUGCGACCGCAGGGAGGGGCUGAGCAAAGAGACCGAGGAACUGGUCAUGGCGGCGCUGAGGGGCAUCGGCGCCGAGAAGCUGGUCGCCAUGGUCGACAAGGACAUGCGCCCGGUCGAGAUUCAGCUGCCGUGGAAGCUCUAG